CUACUACGACUACUUCUUCUGGGAUCUGGGAGUUGUGUUCUCAACCUCACCUCGUCGCCGCUGACGCACGAAGCGCGACGAUGAGCUGAGAUGGGCGUGCCUGGGCUAUGGAAGGAGCUGCAGCCCCAUGGACACGAUGUCUCGCUGCACCAUCUCAACCACUCAACGGUCAAGUCGCAGCAGCCCUCACGGGAUGGGCAUGAGUCGCCGCCUCGCCAGCUCCGGUUGGGCAUCGACGUCUCUGCCUGGCUCUACCAUGCGCUGCAGUCGCAGGGUGGAGCCCAGCCUGCGCUUCGCCUCCUCUUCUUUCGCUUCUGCAAGCUCCUCGCGCAGGCCCACCUCGACGUCACGCUCGUGUUCGACGGGCCCCUGCGUCCUUCGGAGAAGCGUUCGAGGCAGGUCAUCGUGGCAGGCACAGGGGGGCCGUUCGAUGGCUUCGAGCAGCUCAAGGAACUGGCAAGCGCCUUUGGAUUCGCCCUCGUCUUUGCGAGAGGCGAGGCUGAAGCAGAGCUGGCCAGGCUCAAUGCCCAGGGAGCACUCGAUGCCAUCAUGACCGACGAUGUUGACGCUUUCAUCUUUGGUGCUCGCGUCGUCGUCCGCAACUGGGGCUACAAACUCAGUGGUAACGUCUCCAGGCGUGCACACGUUGCUUCGACGACCGAGGUUGAAGAAGAUGACGAGGGACUGUCCUCGGCUUCUUCCUCGGCCAGCAGCCAGGCCUCGCCCUCCAAACCCACGAACAAGAAGGGCGCUGAAGGCACCGUCACAAUCUACCGGGCCCAAGACAUCGGCAGCCAGGGCAGUCUCAGUCACAAUGGUCUCAUUCUCGUCGCUCUCAUGUCUGGCGGCGACUACGAUGUCCAAGGACUGCCACGAUGUGGAGCCAAGAUUGCCGUUGCCCUCGCUCGAGGUGGAUACGGCGACUCUCUGCUCGCGGGUGUCCACACUCACAUUGCGCCGCCCGUUUCUCCGAGGGAUCCCUCCAACCGGACCAGCAACCACUGCCAGCGACCGGCAUGCCCGACACCAAGCGCUGGCUGGACGGCCUUCCGCACUCAAUGGGUUCAGUCCAUCCGUACCGAGCUGGCAACAAAUGCAUCGGGCCACCUGGGCAGACGUUAUCAGUCGCUGUCCAGAUCAUCGGACUGGGAUGUGUUCCUCGGCACAAACGCCAGUCUGAGCGUCAUGGCCAGCUACGUCUGGCCCGUCGUGGGCUCCCUCGACCGAGGCGGCAACGACAGAGCGUGCGGCCUAAUCGAUGUUGGCCAGAUCGUUGGCGUCGCACAGCGCAUCUUCAAUUGGCAUCCCUCGUGGGCGCUCGAGAGAAUGAGAAACAACCUCUGGCCCGGCCUCAUCGUCCGUCAGCUUGCCAAUCAAAAGAUUGGGGGAGUUCUAAACGACCAUGUAGACAUUCGCGGGAACGCACAGAGGAGCAAUGUGGGGUUCGUGGCCAGGAAGACGACUUUGUCACCUGGAAGGACCAACAAGCGGCCCACGCAGCAGAUCGAUCGCUUCUUUACCGCCAUCAAGCCCGUGGCAAGUGCCUCGUCGGCAGCGGACAAAGCUGGCACAGGCAGUGUCGGAAAAGAGACACCAAGUGUCAAGACAGCAAGCCCCGCGAUCCUCUCUGUCCACGGUGAGAAGCAGCAUGAAAGCACAGGCGACGAGGUCGAGGUGCGAAUCUUGUACGAUGUGGCGCCCUUUGUGCGUGCAGCCAGGUCUUCUCUCGUCGAGGCUCCACGUAUGAGGCCGUUGCAAGAGGAUGACAAUGCCGGACUGGAUGCGUUUCGCUCGCCGAGCAAUAGAAGCCCUCGAAAGGCACACGUGGUCCCAGAGACGCCUCUGAGAGUCUGGAUCCCCCUCUGCGUCAUUGAGCAGUGUCCAAAGGCCAGCAAGCUCCUCAAAGAGUAUCGCAGAAGGGAGGAGGAGAGGUCACGCAAGAGGAAUGGUCUUGGUGGUCGAAAGGGGUCUAAUAUCUCGUCGUCGUCGUCAUCGUCCUUGGUGGGCCAAUCUCGGCUUGAUAGCUUCUUCCUUCCUUCGUCUUUGCUCAACGCAUCCCCCUCCAAGAGAAGGCAGCGGCAGUCACCCACGGCUUCAAUCGAGCUCGACAGCAGCGAUGAGGAGGCGAGAGGCUCCUCGUCGUCAUCUUCAUCUUUCGCGUCCCCUCCACCCAGCCCGACGUUGUCGAGGUCGACAAACCGGCCCAGCGAUGAUCGCCUCAAAACGCCAAAGAUGCCCAUCCACUCCUCCUUUCCAUCAAGCAGCACAGUGGAUCGAAGGGAAGAGGAAACGCCUCGUGCCGCUCCGUCUGACGAUGUCACGCCCAAAAAGGCUCCUGUGCCGGUGGGGGAUGACAGUGUCGAGCUCGUCGAGAUCAGGCCAGCGUCUUCGUCAUCGCAAUGUUCUUUGCUACCUUCGAAGCCCCUUUUCGCUAGCCAAAGUCACGAUCAGAGGCUCUCCCGCAUUGGGAACGCGGCCACUCUGGAGAUCUUGGAACAAGAUGCCUCAAAUGCGACGCCAACGCACACGAUUUCCACACCUCGCGGUCAUGCAGGCCGAGCAGCCCACUCACAGUCCUCAAAUCGGUCUCAGCCACACGAAGUCAUCGACGUUUUCGACGACAGCGACGAGAGCAGCGACGAGGGAGGAUAGAGAACAUGCCCCGACUUCAUUGUAACAUUAUAAUCACUCUAAUCGUAAG